AUGACUUUGACAGCCCCAGUGGUCUGGGCCGGGUCUUCCGCACCCGGUCAGCCACCUCGCCAUCGCUCCCGUGGCUUACACGACGUCGCCCCGUACGCCACGGCUGAUCCGGACCUUGUCUGCUAUCCACAUAUGUGGUCCAGAGCACCUUCGAGCCAUAACACCCUGCCCUAUCGUCAUGCUUUGAUCGACAUCACCGAACGACACGCCUCUACUAUCGCUGCAAUGAAGGCCUCGCUCUGGGCCCUGCCCGUUCUCGCUUGCCUACCACUCGUGUAUGGCCUUUACGAUAACGUUCCCGACUGCGCUGUAGGUCUUUUUCUCUGUGCUACCCUGCGUAUUCGAACCCCUCGAUUAUACACCAUGCGAAUUCACGAAUUCGACAUGUCUCUGCGGAGACAUGAACUACAAUAUGGCUUCACGAAAAACCAGACCUGGUCAGAUUGCAACUUCACAUAUCACGACGAAGGAGGCACUAUCUCAUGGGUUCCGCCUUUCCUGUUCGGAACCGUUACAAUAUUCUUUGCAAUGAGACUGUUGACGAAGUGGUUGCGGAUGGGCACCUGGGGAUGGGAUGACUGGACAAUAUCAUUCGCAUAUGUUAUGAUGGUUGCGUUCUUGGUUGCAACGACUCUCGCGAAGCAAGCGGGAAUUGGUCGAGAUAUUUGGACCCUGACCGUGGAUCAAAUUACAGCAUUCAUUCGGGGCUUCUUCGCAUUUGAGAUUGUCUACUCGGUUACCCUCGCCUCGAUCAAAGCAUCGAUCCUGUUUCUUUAUCUUCGCAUUUUCGGAUCGAUCACCGAAACGUUCCGUCAGAUCUUGUGGGGCACUCAGAUUUUCAACGUCGCGGUCUGCAUCACCUUCGUCAUUGUCAAUCUGAACCAAUGCAAGCCUCUGAGCUACUUCUGGUACGGGUGGGACGGCAGACAUCCCGGAUACUGCAUCGACCUGUCAGCCAUGGCGCUAUCGCAUGCCGCUCUGAAUAUCGCCAUUGAUGUGUGGAUGCUCGUGCUUCCAGCGACUCAAAUCUACAGACUCAACCUUCAAAAGAGGCAGAAGGCAGGAAUCAUGUCGAUGUUCGGUGUUGGAAUCUUCAUCACGAUCGUCAGCGCUGUUCGGCUGAAGAGUUUCGCCACCUUCAGCCACUCCUGGAACCCAACGUAUGACUUCUACGGUCUUGCGAUGUGGUCUCACACUGAGCUUUGCGUCGGCCUGAUCGUGGCAUGCAUGCCCGCUGCUCGAUCCCUUGCCCGACGCCUGUUCCCUGAACUUCUUUACGUCACCAAAGUCAGCACCGCCCGGCAGUCCACGAGAGCAUCCGGGAACGUCAAGAUUGUUUCUCAAGACAUCGGGACCAUCGCGACAGACGAUGUACCCGAGAGUUCGACUAUGUCUUCCCCUUCAAACGCAUCGAAGAAAGACUCGCUGGCUACCUUGACGCCAGAUAGAGUACCGCUUAAACGCCUGACCACCAGCGACAGCUUGAUGGACAUCUCGCCCAGUGAGCGAGGUACGUCGUUUUACAGCGAUUCACAGAAAGGAGGCGGCAAACUGAGUGAUCCCUGGGAUUAA